GGGAGCAGCGUGCAUGCAGGAGAGCAAAACAUUUUCAAAAACACUUCUGCAGAACACGUGGAGCUCCUAAAUCUUCCUUAGCGGAGGUAAAAGACAAGAAGAAGGGAGAAGAGGGGAAGGUGCGAAGACAACUUAAGGAGCGCCUCAGGAUCGCAGGGAGGCGACACCAAGAGGAGGAAAGAUUCCCCCGAACGCAGUGAGGGCGUCGGAUGAGGAGAAGAGGAGAGCAGAGGGCAUUGGAUAGGCUUCAUCCAGCAUGGCAGCUCCAGACUUACUGGACCCGAAAUCAGCCACACACAACACCAAGCCCCGCCUCUCCUUCUCCACAAAGUCCGUCACACUGACCCCGCAAGAGGAGAACGAGGUGGUUGCCACGGUGAUGAAACGGAAGACGGUGACUGCCAUCUUUCUUUUGGUGGUCCUGUACCUGGUGAUGGGAGCAGCCGUCUUCAGGUGCCUGGAACAACCACACGAGAGUGCUCAACGCCUCGCCAUCUUGGCUCAGAAACUGGACUUCCUGGCCCAACAUGCGUGUGUCAAUCACAGUCAGCUGGAGGAUCUAGUGAAGCAAGUUGUGUCGGCCAUCCGCUCGGGAGUUAACCCAGCGGGAACGGUCGCCAAUCACAGCAGCUUGUGGGACCUGAGCUCCGCCUUCUUUUUCGCAGGGACUGUCAUCACAACCAUUGGCUUUGGCAACAUCUCUCCUCACACAGAAGGUGGAAGAAUCUUCUGCAUCAUCUACGCUCUGCUAGGCAUACCUCUGUUCGGCUUCCUGUUGGCCGGUGUGGGCGAUCAGCUGGGCACCAUCUUUGGAAAGAUAAUCGCCAGAGUGGAGAAGAUGUUUGUGCACUGGGACGUCAGUCAGACCAAGAUCCGGGUCAUAUCCACGCUUCUGUUUGUCUUGUUCGGCUGCUUGCUGUUUGUGGCCCUCCCGGCAGCGAUAUUUAAGUACAUCGAGGGCUGGUCCGCACUGGAGUCGCUCUACUUUGUCGUCAUCACCUUGACCACCAUCGGGUUUGGGGACUUUGUGGCAGGCGGGUCCGAAAUUGAAUACCUGGACUACUACAAACCAGUGGUGUGGUUCUGGAUUCUGGUCGGACUGGCUUACUUUGCUGCUAUCCUCAGCAUGAUUGGAGACUGGCUGAGAGUCAUUUCUAAGAGGACCAAAGAAGAGGUAGGGGAAAUUCGUGCUCACGCAGCAGAGUGGACCGCCAAUGUGUCGGCGGAGUUCAAGGAAACACGAAGACGAGUCAGCGUGGAAAUCUACGACAAGUUCCAGCGGGCAGCUUCUAUUAAACGCAAAUUGUCGUCUGAGCUCGGCUUCAACCCAGCACCCGAGCACGCGCUGCCCCGGAGGUUGUUUUCAGCCAAUCACAGCGAGGACCGACAAAAGAGCGACAAAGAGGCGGGGCUUCAGGGGCUGACGUCAACACUCACCCGAAACUGUGGCUUGUUUAUGAACGGAUUGGACCUGGAAAGAGGAGAUAUGAAAGUUAUUGAACACAUUAAAUAGCUGGGGGAAACACACAAACUGUUUGAGAGCAGCUGUACAACACUGUGGAUUUUUAAGGAAGAAAUACAUCCUAGUAUUAGUUUUAAUAUUGACUGCACAAGUUCUGCAGUGAGCAUUGAUAAAAAAUACAAAGGUUCAAGCCCUGGUAAACAUUUGAACUAUCACAGCAGCUCCGGAGCAUGUGAAGAGUCGGCUGAAAUGUAAUUUUAUUGGACCCUGCAAUAAGUUGAAGGUAUUUUUGAAACUUUUUUCGAUUAUGCUUAUUCUCUAGGUCUUAUUGUCACUAACCACUGUAGGACACCAUAAUAUAUUUUUAUCUUUCAUAAAGAUUUUAGUUUCGUCAGUUGGAGCUGCAGGUUCGAAAGCAAGGCUGCCAGGCUGUGUGGGCAGUUUUAGUUCAAGCAUCACCGUGCCUUAAACCUUUUAUUUGUGCUAAAAGGUCAAGCACGAGCCUGGGAGGUGGACAUGUGAGUGUCGUAAGUUAGUAACAAGAUGAUACAUGGUGGUGGGGAGGGUUGGAAAAGUGUAGAAAAAGCAUUGACAUCAACAAUAUUUGCCUAGUAAAGUGCCCCAAAAUGUCACAUUGUAAGGGCAUACUUAGUGCACAGGUCACUCUAUAGAUAUUAUUAUGAUUUAGGUUAAGUCUCUGGCUGAAAAACCUGAUAUUGUAACAGGUGUGUGUUGAGUUUAAAUAACCGCAAUUGUACAUAAGACAAAAUGGGCUGACCCUAAUCUUUUACAUAUAGUAUAUAUUUGCAUCUGUCACUUUACAGUAUACACUUCCAAAGAUGUUCACUAAUAUUUGUGUGUGUGUAAUAGAAACACACGCGCAAACCAAAGAGGCCUAUUCCACCUGCAGUUCAAAAUGCACUUUGAUUUCACAGCAAUUAGUUUGUCCAUCCUGUUGUUUUACGAUGAAGAUCUGACUUAAUCUCACUUUGCGAUGCCCUGAUAGCUACACCUCAAGCAGUAAUACUAUACACACUACUUGGAAAAAGCAAAGUGAAAGGGGUAUUAUUGUGUCUUAUCUUUUCACGUUUACUUUGGUUUACACUGGGUUUAUGUUGAUCGUGGUGCUAAAAUGUUACAAUGAAAGAAAACGAAUCAAAAGUAAAGUCGCAAAAGUGGUUAAGAAUAUGUUUAGUUAGGUUUAUAGUGUUUGUGAUAAUCAAGGCUGUUUAUUGAUUACUAACAACUGAGACACUGCUUUUUUUUUGCUAUCUUGCUUUAUUGUUGCUCCACCUACAACUUUUUAGGAGGUGCAAAAAUAAACAAAAGCUACAAAAUGUGUUUUUUCUCUGCCAUAUGUGCCAGAUACAGUUUUUUAUGACAAUUUCCUGAAGUAUUUUUGUACACUAUGUUUUUGUGGUGGCUUUUAGCAUAUUUCUACCACUGUCUGGAAUGAUGAAUGUGUUUUAUUAGAAUCUAAAUACAGUGAUGUU